AGACCGAUUGUCGAUGCGUGCGUGAAAUUUCACCCAACGUAUAUAUAUAUGAAAAACACCGGGCAAGCAGUAGUACUGACGUAAACCGUAAUGCUUCCGAAGCGAAUGCGCAUGUUUUAUAGGCUCCAUGAUGCUGAUACUAUUGACACAGCCGUUCGCGUGAGGUUUUGAACCAUUCCCAACGCGUCGAUCCCAAGCGCUUGGUUACAAAUGCCUUAUUAAUAAAGUACCGUUCGGUUCAUGAACCUGCGAAACGCAGUGAAAUCUAGUGCGGGUAUGUGUCCUUUUGGUUUUGUGCAAAGAAUUUAACCGCUUUAGUGUGUAGUAGAGGGACGUGACGGUUAUAUGAUGGCAUCAUGGGUGAUGUGGCCACUUUCGUUGCUGUUAGCAAGCUUAGUAACGUUGCGACCCAUCGGUGCUAUUGUAAAAAGUGAAUCCGAUCGUGGUACGAAGCUGACGUUUCCGUUCGCCGUAUCGCUGCAGCUUGCUGAUGCACAGAGGACACACUUCUGUGGUGGCACGCAUCUGGGAGAAGGUUGGAUACUAACCGCGGCACACUGCAUUAUUUCGCUAAAAAAGGGCAAUCUUACACAAAUCUUCGCACAGAUAGGUGGCCGCGAUCUGAACGACAUUAGCGCCGAUCGUUUCCCAAUCGUCGAAACACACAUUUUGCGCAGCUACAAUCCUGUAACGAUGGUGGGUGACAUUGCGGUGCUGCGUGCAAAUUUACCGAUCGCCCGUAAUCUUCAAUCCGAUCCACAGGCACCUUUACGCCUGCCGGAUGACAGCUAUCGCAGGGCCGUUAACGGUGAGCAGUGUUACAUCUUCGGCUAUGGGUCCGAUUCGUACGAUGGGCCGAUCAGCAAAACGCUCCACUAUGGCACAGUGUUGGCACUCGAUCUGGACAGUUGCAUUGGAAUGAUGGGUGCUGUCGUGGCACCGCCACCCGACUCUGGAAUGUUUUGUGCCAUCGGGCGGUCCGAUGCGUGUAAGGGUGAUUCCGGUGGAGGAUACGUGUGCCGGGAACGAUUUUCCAGCCAGUUUGUGUUGCGUGGCAUCAUCUCGUACGGUGUGGGUUGCGGUGCACCGGGAACGCCCGGCGUUUACACGGACGUCGGUUACUAUCUGCGCCACUAUCCGAUCGGUACCAUCAUUGGUUUAGCUUAAAAGUAAACUACUUCCUA